AUGGCUUUUACAAGUGCUAGAGAUACUCGCAUCACAACCGACGAUGUUAAGGGGUCCGGGGUCCUGUUUAGUAGCCUCGGCCUCAAGCAGGAGCUUCUCAUGGGCCUAACGCAAGAGGGCUUCCAGCAGCUCACGCCAGUGCAGGAAUUGGCGAUACCCCAUAUCCUUGCAAGAAGGGACGUCGUUGCCCGUGCCAAGAACGGGACAGGAAAGACGGGGUCCUUUCUGAUCCCCAUCCUGCAGAUGGUCAAUCCAGCGAAAGAUCACAUCCAAGCUCUUGUCCUUCUGCAUACGCGCGAAUUGGCUAUGCAGACAGCAAAGGUGGCUAAGACUCUUUCGAAGAAUAUGCCAGAUGUCACCGGCAGAAUCAUGUGUGCAAUUGGAGGCGUUUCGAUAGCCGAAGAUCGCGAGCGUGCCAGGGAGAAGCCACUUGUCGUCCUGGCAACUCCUGGACGCCUGCAGCAGCUCAUAGAUGAAGAAAUUCUCAAUUUUCGUGACUGUUCAAUCGUGGUGCUCGAUGAAGCCGACAUGCUUCUUUCACAGAAUUUCAUCCGCUCAAUAGAGAAUUGUCUCGCUGCCUGCUCGAAUAAGAGACGCCAGACUCUCUUCUUCAGUGCCACGUUUUCCAAUUCUCUUAAGGAAUUUUGUGACAAGCACCUUAGGGACCCUGAGUACGUCAAUGCCAUGCAAGACUCGUUGCUGCUCAGAGGUGUUACGCAAUACGUUUGCAUGCUUAAGGAAGAUAGGUAUAAACUCAAGCUCCUUUCUCUCCUGAUGAAGCACCUUAAGAUCAAUCAAUGUAUAGUUUUUGUCAAUUCGGUACAGCGCUGCGAGGCGCUCUACAGGAGUAUUUGUGAUGAGUUCCGUGUUCCGUGUUUAUACACGCACAGCAGGAUGAGCCCCGAAGAGCGUUCUCGUAUCUACGACAACUUUAUUCAUGGCCAAGCUCGCCUCUUGAUAGCUACCGAGCUAUUUACGCGCGGAAUAGAUAUUAGGAUGGUUAACGUGGUGGUGAACUUCGAUACACCUCUGUCUGCCGAUGCUUACCUGCACAGGAUAGGUCGUUCGGGCCGCUAUGGACACCUGGGUAUUGCAAUUACAAUGGUGGCUGGGGACAACGAAAAGAGACGCUUCCUCACUAUAGAUAGCUACAUACAGGGGCAGGCCAACUCUAUGAUUCAUAUCCUUCCUAAAGAUCCCUCAGAAAUACCCCUUGAUCUCUACGACGCCAGCGUCGUGGAUUCGGACAUCAUCCCGCAUUUGUCCGACGCCAUCCGUCCAAGGAAUUCCUAG